CACGGAGACAGCUCGCUCCGUUAAUUCCCUCCAGGGCUAACCAUGGCGACUAUCGAUAAGCAAAUUUUUGACGAUGACACUGAGGAAGCGCUGCCGGAGGAGUUCACGUACAUGUCCGCUGAAGCAAUUCAGCAACGUGUUCGCCUCUUAGACAAUGAGCUGCGUGUUCUUAAUGACGAGUCCACCCGCCUUACGUUAGAGCAGGAGACCCUGAAAGAGAAGAUAAAGGAGAACAAGGAGAAGAUCAAGCUAAACAACCAGUUGCCUUAUCUCGUCGGUAACAUCGUGGAGGUUCUGGACAUCAAGCCGGAAGAGGACGAGGAGGAGGACGGCGCGACGGUAGAUCUCGAUGCGCAGCGUCGCGGGAAAUGCGUGGUGCUGAAGACCUCUACACGGCAGACCAUCUUCUUGCCAGUAGUGGGCUUGGUAGACCCUAAUACGUUGAAGCCCGGUGACCUGGUUGGCGUCAACAAAGACAGCUACCUUGUGUUGGAUACCCUGCCCGCGGAGUACGACUCCCGCGUGAAGGCCAUGGAAGUGGACGAGAAGCCCACGGAAGACUAUUCGGACAUCGGUGGGCUGGACAAGCAAAUUCAGGAGCUUGUGGAGGCAAUUGUCCUACCUAUACAGCACAAGGACCGCUUCACCAAGCUUGGUAUCAAACCACCGAAGGGCGUGCUACUCUACGGUCCGCCGGGCACCGGUAAGACGCUCAUUGCGCGUGCCGUGGCGGCACAGACCAACGCCGCUUUCCUCAAGCUGGCGGGUCCUCAGCUUGUCCAAAUGUUUAUCGGAGAUGGUGCCAAGAUGGUCCGCGAUGCGUUUGCCCUGGCGAAGGAGAAAUCGCCAUGCAUCAUCUUUAUCGAUGAGAUUGAUGCUAUCGGCACCAAGCGCUUUGACUCGGAGCUGUCCGGCGAUCGCGAGGUGCAGCGCACCAUGCUGGAGCUUCUCAACCAACUGGACGGCUUCAGCAGUAAUGACGACGUCAAGGUGAUUGCAGCCACCAACCGCGCCGACAUCCUGGACCCGGCGCUUAUGCGCUCGGGGCGGUUGGACCGCAAGAUUGAGUUCCCGCAUCCCAACGAGGACGCGCGUGCUAAGAUCCUGCGCAUCCAUUCGCGUAAGAUGAACGUCGCGUCGGAUGUUAACUACGAGGAGCUGGGCCGCUCUACUGACGAUUUCAAUGCGGCGCAGCUAAAGGCGGUGUGCGUGGAGGCAGGCAUGCUGGCCCUGCGGCGAGACGGCACGGAGGUGACGCACGAGGACUUCGUGGAGGGCAUUACGCAAGUACAGGCCAAGAAGAAGACCAACCUCAUGUACUACGCAUAA